UUCAGUCAUUUUCGAUUGAGUGAAGAGGGCAGAAGUUCGACUCUGAAUCGCCAGCAUUUAUUAUUUUUUUCAUCGGGUUGAUUUUCGGUGGUGAAGUGAAAAAAAGAACCAGUGUCCGCGGCGCAGCCAAGACUGCCUUCCCGUGCAGUAAAAGAGGAGGAGUGUGUCCUCCCCGGUUCCGUUCCGGGAACAGUGAGGUGAUUCCACCCCGUGGGCCUUUUUUCCACGAGGAGUGCGCCCCAAAAAAGGAAGAAAGAAAAAAAAAACGCAAGGAAAAUUCGUCGCGUGGAAAUCAACUUUUCCUCUUGGCUCUGGGUCGUCCAGAAGAAGCGGAUAAACCCGUUUUCUGGUUCGGUCGGUCGUUUCGAAAGUUACGUGUGUGGUGUGUGCGCGCGUGUGGAAAAUUCGGAACCCUUGAGAGAGGCGAGUCGGUCCACGGAGUGGUUCCAAGUUUGGCCGUGGCCCCGACGACAUCACGAUGCGAUGGCCCUGGUGACGAUCCAGCGCUCGGCCAGUCUUGCAGGUUCCAACACGGACACAAGCUGUUGUUGUUGUUGUGCGGAAGACGUAGAGAAUGCUAAAGUGACCAGAAGCUUGAGUGAAUGCUACUUUGCCGGCAGCGGAACCGCCCUGAUGCUAGGUUCGAACGAGCAGCAGCUUUGCGCCCCUUCCGGCGGCGUCGAAGCCGCAUCCGCUGCGAUCACGCUGGAACCUGCUCCGCCCCCUCCCGGCGUCGCCCCCACCAACCCCGGUCUCCGGCUGUGCGCCCGGUCGGACAGCGCCGACGAGCGGGACUCGAUCGCCUCGUCGACCUCCUCGACGGCCUCGUCGUGCGCGUCCGCCGGUAGCGACAUCCAGCAGCACCUGCAGUCCAUGUUCAACCUGCUGCGGCCGGAGGAAACGCUCAAGAUGGCGGUCAAGCUGGAAUCGCUGCGGGCGGGCAGGACGCGCUACUUGGUGGUGGUGUCGCGACCUCCGGCUCGAAGACUCAGGCAGCAGCAGCUGCUCAUGACGACGGCGUGCUCGCUGACGACGGCCAACUCGUCGGCGUUCACCAGCGUGGCCGGGAGUCCGCUGCCCGCGGCGACGUCGGCGUCCUCAGCGUCGGUAUCACCUUUGCCGGCCAUGAUCCCGCUGAUUGGCAAGCAGAUCACUUCCGCCACGCUGUACAAGGCCGCGUCCCCCUCGACGAGCACCGUCGGCGGCGUCGGUUCCACCGUGGACGAAACCUUUGUGUCCAGCUUAGACAAUUGUGUUCUCAGUGCUUCUUCGCCGAAGAUCGUCGCGGCGACGUCUGUGACGACGAUAGCCUCAAUCGCGUUGCCUCCGUCGUUGCUCUCUGUGGCCGCCGCCGCGGCUUCUGCGUCGGCGUCAACGACCACGUCCACGGCGACGACGUCCGCGACGAGUGUCGAUAAAUGUGAUAGCAAUAAACCUAGCAGUACUAGUGGUAGUCCUAGCUGUAGUGUGAAUAGUGUAGCAAGUAAGACAAACGUGGCGUCAACGUCGGUGGCGCCGAGUGACAUUUCACGGGGUAGGGGAGGAACCGGAACCAACACGCCGACGACGACCGGCAGCAGCAACAGUUCCAGUGCAAGUUUGCGGGGUGGGAGUCAGCAGCAGCAAGUGUUGGGCGGUUGCUGCGAGAUUGAAGAGUCCUGCCUGCUCGGGAUCGACUGCAACGAGAAGACGACGGUCGGGUUGGUGUUGCGAGUGUUGGCCGACACGGCGAUUCGGCUCGACGGUGACGGUGGAUUCAGUGUGAGUUCCUGUGGGCAGCAGCACAUCUUCAAGCCGGUCUCCGUGCAAGCCAUGUGGUCCGCCCUCCAAACCCUGCACAAAGUGUCGUCGAAGGCGCGCGAGCACAACUUCUUCGCGGGGGGCACCUCCCACGAGUGGGUCCCGUACUACGAGCGCCACAUCACCUCGGACCGGUCCUGUCUGAACGAGUGGCACGCGAUGGACGCGCUGGAGAGCCGCCGCCCUGCCUCGCCCGACUCGAUCCGGAACAAGCCGACGGAGCGCGAGGAAACGGAACGCGUGAUACGCACAAAGCUCAAGGAGAUUAUGAUGACGGUGGAUUUGGACGUGGUGACGUCCAAGUUUAUCCGGGGGAGGCUGGAGGAGCAGCUGGACAUGGACUUGGGCGAGUACAAGUCGUUUAUCGACGAGGAGAUGCUGGUCAUUCUGGGGCAGAUGGACGCCCCGACGGAGAUCUUUGACCACGUGUACCUGGGGUCGGAGUGGAACGCGAGUAAUUUGGAGGAGUUGCAGCGGAACGGGGUUCGCCACAUUCUGAACGUGACGCGGGAGAUUGACAACUUUUUUCCGGGGAUGUUCGACUACUUUAACGUGCGCGUGUACGACGACGAGAAGACGGACCUGCUGAAGCACUGGGAUAAUACGUUCAAGUACAUUUCGCGGGCCAAGAUGGAGGGUUCGAAGGUGUUGGUGCACUGCAAGAUGGGCAUCUCGCGGUCGGCGUCCGUGGUGAUAGCGUACGCGAUGAAGGCCAACAACUGGGACUUUGACCAGGCGCUGAAGCACGUGAAGUUGAAGCGGACGUGCAUCAAGCCGAACAAGAACUUUAUUGCGCAGCUGGAGACGUACCAGGGCAUGUUGGACGCGAUGAAGAACCGGGAGAAGCUGCAGCGGAGUAAGAGUGAGACGAAUCUGAAGAGUGGCAGUGGGACGAAGGACGGGCGGUUGCUGCCGGGCAGUGAGCCGACUCCGUUGAUUCAGGCGUUGAACCGGGAGAGCAAUCAGAACUCGCUCAGUAAAAGUGGCCGGUUUUUGAGGAGGCGGGGGAAACGACCGAAGAGUUGGUCUCCGGACUCGGAGAAGGCCGCGUUGCUGCUGGAGACUAGCCGGCAACAGUCGCACUCGCUGGAGCACUUGAUGGCGGCGCAGAACAUCGAGGUUAAGACGAUCCGGAUGCCGUGCGGGAACGGCCAGAACUACAGCGUCUCGCAGAACCAGAUUGUGCACCUGCAGGAGGGCAGCGAAUCUCCGUCGGCGUCCUCGUCCUCGGUGCGGUCCAUCAUCAGCGAGCUGGAGUCGAACAAACAAGCCAAAGAAACCUCCGGCGGAAGCCACAAGCGGAAAGGUUCGUCCUCUUCGGUGGCGUCCGCGACCGGUCUCAGCUUGGCGGCGUCCGACGAAGACCAGUGGGAUCCCGGGGAGGAGCUCCGGGCCAGCAUCCCGUUAAUGGCGGCCAGCACUACUUCUCAACAUUGUGAUACUAUUUCUACUAGCACUAGUAGCGACACUUCAAUAGCUCAACCGGGGGUGGUCUGCUGGACGAGUCAAAGCCAGAUCAUCCAGCAAGUUCCUGUCGCGCUUCCCCCUCAGCAGCCGCAGCACGUGUCUCGACAGAGUUCCUGGUCCAGCGUAGACUCCGCCGUCGUGGCGGACAUGAUCCGCGGGACGCUUUCGUCCGCGUCGCGGCACUCGAGCUGGGGCUCGGGCGAUAACCAGCAGCAGAGGGGGGCGCCGGCGCCACCCUCACGCAACAGCAGCUGGGGCUCGUACGACACCGGCAGUAGCAACAGCGCCGCGAGCAGCAUACAAACCGUGAUCGAGGUUCCGGCGGGUGCAAUCAUGAUGGCCGCCGAGGAGGACCUCGGCCAGAGUGGGAUCUUCCCGUACGACAAGGACGAAAUUCCGUGGCAUCCGGGGACGGUCAAGCGGACGAAGCAGAAGAUCGAGGAGCGAUCCUCGUCCUCGAUCAAGCGGAUUUGCAGCGAAAAGUUCGGCCAGAAGCACCCCAAGUGUGGCGAUCGGGGGAAGUCUUCGUCCGGGGGGCAGCGAUCGAACAGCGAGGAAGCCCUACCGUCGAAUCGGAACGCCCCAGGGAUGAUUUCCAGCACGUACACGCGUCUAUCGGCGUCCGCUCCGGACUCGUACUGCCUGUGCUCGUACGGAGGAACCGCUCCGAAGGCGAAACCGGAAGAAAUGCCUCCCCCGAAGGGCCAGCAUCGGAGGUUCAGCUUUCGGAAGAGUUCGUCCGGUGCGGGGACCGGCGCGGCCAACCUCGCCGACGAGAAGAAGGAGAAGAACGACGAAAACACCGCCAUCAGCGUGGGCGGAAUCGUCCGGAACCUCAAGAUGAGCUUCGAGGCGAAAGUCUCCAGCGAUCGAAGCCGCAAGGAGCAGAAAAAGGUCCGCUCGCUGCCAUCCUCUCCGGUUGCCAUACACAUCGAACUGAACAAGGCCGGCGGAGGCAAGCAGAACCAGCAGAGCCCGCAACCGCCGGAAGACGUGACCGUGCGGGACCUCGUCGGCCGGUACGAAGCCCCGCGCCAACAUCGGGCCUCCUUCAACACCCACCACCGGCACAACAGUACCAGCAGCUCGGCCAGUUCCACCACCGGCGGCCAGGACCAGGUCCAGGUCGUGCUCCGCCAGCGACCCCGGUCCGUCUUCGAGCCGCUCAAGUAUGCACAAAACCAGCAGAAACCCCUCAUGAUUUCACACUCAACCGCCCUCCUCAAGUCCAGUUCCGGCACCGACACCACCCUAGCGGACUUUAGCCGGAUGCCACCGAUCCCGCCGGCCGGGGCCCCCUUCGUGCGGGGCAUCAUCAUCGGAACCUCGAAUAACAACAACAACAACAAUAACAACACCUCAGCGUCGACGGGUGGCGGCACGGGCGGAACCGGCGUCACCGGCCAAACCAAAAAGGUGGUCCAGCACCACGGCAAGACCCACCCGCUGGCCAAGAUCAACCUGACCAAGCAUCGGAUCAACGCGACUUCCACGACGGCAGCUACGGCGUACAAUACGAUGUAAGUUUGUGUCAAUUGUUUCUCUCUCCCUCUCUCUUUGUUGGUUUCCCCUUUUGAUUUCAACGUGACCGGAAAUGGUGCGGUUCAAAAAGUUUAGUUCGUCCCCCGUUUGUUUGUGUUUUUUUUCUUUUUUCGAAUUCGUUAGGUUUUUUUUGUUGUUCGAAAAUUCGAAACCGUCGGCAGUAUUACGUAUUACUCGAAGCAAACGAUUAGGACGCCGUUUGAUUUUAGCGGAAAUUUCUACAAAAUAAACACAAACAAAAAACCUUUUUUCGGGAACGCCUUUUAAAAGCUUGAAAAGUGUGAAAUUUUGCUCGAAACUGCGUUCCAAACGCGUGUUCGUCGUGAAUUUUCCGUUCAAAUUCACGCCGAACUGCAGUUUUGCACUUCAUCUUGAACUGCAGUAUGGCGAUAUCGGUUGCGACGCAACCUAGCUAUUUCGAGCAAAAGCUUACAGUUUUUAACGCAAAAGGUCACAACAAAUUUGGUCUCUCUGUUUUUUUUACAAACAAACAUGUUCUAACCUGCAAAAAAAGGUGGAAAACUUAGCUGCAAAACAAAUUACGCUUCGCGAUCGACUCCUGUUUUUUUUUUCAAAACAGACAUUCGUGUUUGUUUCCGAAAAAGUCCUUCUCCCUUUAAAACAAAAAUUAAAGAAAAGGGGAAAACAAAAACGACGUGUUGAACGCCCUCUUAUACAACUUAUCUAUCUACAUACAUAAUUGUAAGGAAACGAAGAAGAAAGGAAGAAGAAAUUUGUACGGUCAUACGCUUGCGCGAGUAUUUGUGGAUGGUGUGACAACGAAUGCAUUUUUUGCGUGCGCGCGCGUUUGUGUUAAUUUAGCUUAAAUUGCGCAAAAACUGUCACAGCGACAGCUCUAAUUUGUACAUAUACACAUACACAUAAAGUAAACAAAAAAAAAACAUGUUAGGCUUUCCCGCCAGGAAGACAACAAUAAGUCCUAGUUUUUUUUUGCGAGAGAGUCAAAAGUCCCAAGAAAAUGUGCUUUUUUAAAACAAAAAAAUCUUUCGCUGCCGCCAAACCUUUUUGAAAACUCCCCUCCUUCACCCAUUUUUUUGCGCAGUGUGCGUGUGUACUGCUAUCACUAUUACACAACUACUACUACGGCUAUCGCUCGCUAUUCGCUGUUGGCGCGUCAGAAAAACAAAGCAAGAAGCUAAAAACUAGUGGCAACAAGAAAAAAAAAGGAAAGAGAGAAAAAAAGCAUAUUAGCGAAUCAAACAAAACAAAUAACAGACACAGCAACAAUAUUCAAGUAACUGUUCGAAUAUUUUAUGUGGUUUUUAUAAGCUUUUAAACUGAGAGACAGAAAGGAAUGUGCAAAGGUAAUAAAAAAGUAAAGUGUAAAAAAAACUAUUGUGAGAGCCGACUCGGAAACAAAACAAUAGCGGCGAGGAAGAGAAGGCAAGAGAAAGAA